UUGGGAUAAGGAAACAGAGGAGAUCAAUGAAGUUUGUUGCUUUGAUAUCGGGAGGAAAGGAUUCCUUUUUCAAUAUCCACCAUUGUUUGAGUCGAGGACAUGAAUUGGUAGCAUUAGCCAAUUUGUACCCAAUAAAUAAGGAAGAUGAGAUCGAUUCACAUAUGUUCCAAACGGUUGGACACGAUAUUAUUGAUAACUAUGGAGAAUGUUUAGGAAAGCCAUUGAUUAGACGAGGAAUUGUGGGGAAAUCCAGUAAUUUGAAUUUAGAAUAUGAGAUCACCCAAGAUGAUGAAAUCGAAGAUUUAUAUGAAUUAUUAAAAGAGAUUAAGCAGCAGUAUCCAGAAAUUGAAGCAGUUAGUUGCGGAGCGAUAUUAUCACAAUAUCAAAGAACUCGAGUUGAAAAUGUUUGUGAUAGAUUGGGCUUAACUUCGUUGGCAUACUUAUGGCAAAGAAAUCAGAUGGAAUUGAUGCAAGAGAUGUGUCAAAACAAAUUAGAUGCUAGGAUGAUUAAAGUUGCAGCAAUUGGAUUAAAUGAAAAUCAUUUAGGACAAUCAAUUACUGAGAUGUUACCAGUAAUGAUAAGGUUGAACCAGUUAUACGAUGUGCAUAUAUGUGGAGAAGGAGGAGAGUUUGAAACGAUUGUACUUGAUUCACCGAUAUUCGUGAAGAAAUUACGAGUUACGAGACAGGAGGUAUUCAAGCAAGGCAAUGAUGAAGUAGCCUAUUUAAAAUAUGAGGUUGAAGUGGUUGAUAAAGGGAUGGAAUAUGAGGAUAUAAGCAUGCCACCAUUGCUUGAAGAAGAGUUUGAAUCGAUGGUGGAAAGCGAGGGAGAGACCGAGCAAAGACCAGCAGAGGUGCAAUUAGAUGUGGUUAAGUCGAAUGUUUAUCGAACAAAAGAUACACUUUACGUGUCCAAUCUUGUAUCGGAAAAGAAAGGUAUUGAAGAACAGGCGACUGAUAUAUUUCAACAAUUACGAAACAUACUUGAAGAGCACGGUAUUGGAAUGAAUCAAAUACAACAUGUUAAUUUAUUACUUAGUAAUAUCGAAGAGUUCAACAAGAUUAAUUUAAUCUACCAGAGGAAUUUCAAAGAAUAUUUACCACCAUCAAGAGUGUGUGUCCAAACGGUAUUAUAUGGUGAUCAUGCCAUACAAUUAUCGUGUAUUGGGAUUGUUAGAGGCGAUAAGCUGGGGAUACAUAUUAGAAGUCGAUCAUAUUGGGCACCACAGAAUAUAGGACCAUAUUCGCAAUCGAUAGUUGUUAAAAGAGAUAAUUAUGAGAUUGCUAGUAUCUCGGGCCAAAUCCCAUUGGUGCCAUUUGAUAUGAGUGAUUGUAAAGAUGACCCAGUGGGAGCAGCAUUGUCAUUACAACAUUUACAUCGGGUUAAGAAUUUAGUGAAUGUGGACGAGUUGGGAUACGUGAUAUGUUUUAUAACAAGGGAAUCAUUAAUGGGGAACGUCCAAAAGGCUAUUGAAAGUUACAGUGACAAUGAGAUGAUAAGAGCGGAUAAAUUUUUUGUUGUCAAGGUUGGAAAAUUACCUAGGGAUGCAAAAGUCGAAUGGGGAGGGCUUAGUUACAAAGAGAUUGAAAGUUACGAGGACAACGAUGAAGAGGAAGCACCAUUGAUUAAGAUACCCGAGUUCGAAUCCGUUUAUCACACGAAGAUUAAACAGAAUAACUUGGUUAUAAUUCAUACCAAUCAACUUAGCAAAGUGAAUCAACUUAGCGGAGGCCAUUCUACAGUAAUCACAAGCAAUAGUCAAGGAAUAGAAUUAAAGAAUAUGGAGAUAAUCCCCGUAUUGAAAAAUUGGAAUCAUCAAGGUAAAGAAUAUAAAUACACAAUUAUAUAUAAGAAUUAAAAGACAUUAAUCAUUAUCGAUACCGGGACCUUUAUAAAUCAAAUUUGCGGGGACAUCAAUACCCUUUUCUUUACAUAACUGAAUUAAUUUGAGAUUUUCUUCUUUUAAAGAGUCAAUGUAGUCUGCCAGUUUAGUCAAGAUAUUUAGUUCACUUCGAUUUUCCCGAUCGUUAAGAGACGGAGUCAAAUCGACUAUUCUGUCAAACUCGCUUCUGAUGUUCUCUCUUCUUUUCUGUUCCGAAGCAAUGUGGUGCGCCUUCUUUUGGUCGUCACUGAGUAUGGUUGUUUUCUUCUUAUCAUCAGUCAUAACUUGAAAGUACUAAAGUACUACCGAAAGCAUUAAAGUACUACCAAAAGUACUACUUAUAUUACUUAUGAAGUAUUAAACUCUAAAGUAGUGCAGGUGGAGCAAUGGCAUGUGAAAAAGGGAAAUAAACACCCGUGCACCCAGAGACCAAAAAAGGACAAAAAAAAAAAAGGAA